GCGCAUUGCACUUCCUAUAGCUUUUAAUGGAGAAACAUCUUUAAUGCCAGGGUUGAGAGGUUCUAUAUUCUGACGACGAUUCAAUGCCAAGAUAUGCGCAACAAGAGACUGUUAUAAUGGUGGAAUACUUGAAGUGAAAAUUAUGUUGUUCUGUAAUUCUCCAUAAUGAAGUCCGUGUGAGGGUUUGUCAGCUAAUCAAAAUUGGACCUAAGCAAUAACAGGAAUCAUGGUGACUAAGAAAAUCCGUACGGAGUACAUGAAGAAAUUCAAAGAGCCGAAAUGGGAGACGUUUUCCAAGUGUUACGAGGACUCAGUGAAGUACAGGUUGACUAGGCGGGUGAUGGAGCACGCUCACAAACCUCUGUGGUUCUGGGAGGGGUGGGAUACCUCGACCGGGUCAGACUCCAGUGCCAGUGGGCGGUCGACCCCCAAGGUGAGGAAUAGACAUCAAACUUUAGACAUCAAACUUCAGACAGCACCAGUGAAGUCAGAAUCAAGGGAGAGCCCGGAACCGAAGCCUCCUUCUGUGAAUGGGGAACCAGAAUUGGAGGCCAAGGAGUUUACCCUCUUGGAUGCACUACCACCCACAGAGUCUGUAAUAGAGAACGGGAGCCUAAACGAACCAGAUGAUGGGACAGUUAACGGGUCAGUAGUACAAAAUGGUCCAGCGGCUGAAACGUCAACAGAUGAGGGACCAGCAGACAAGGCGUCAUCAGACGAGGAGCCGGUGAAAACUGAGCCUAAGCGUCGCCACCGCCAUCGUGUCCCUCACUCAGAACCAUGUCAAAGGGACUGUUCCUGUGACGACAUCAAGCCUGCGCCUGUCAGGAAGCCCUCCAGAGCAAAGAGCCAGCCCCCAGCCAUCACCACAGAGAAGGAGAACAGACAACCUUCGUCCCGGCUCGACUGGGCAGAGAGACAUGCGUCAUCUGCUAGGAGGUCUACAAAUGAGAGUCGCACAUCCGACGCAUGCGUCCAGACCAGACGGGAGUCGGAUAAACGCUGUUGGAAUGUGGACCGCAGGAGAGCACGCUCCGCCGACCUGGAGAAGAUACGGCGGUCGGAGUUGGCCGUGGUGGAUGACCGUUGGAUGACCGAGUACAUGCGCUGCUUCUCUGCCCGGUUGAGGUAGAGCACAAGGAUCAUGGGUAUUCCACCACCACCUGUCGACCAUUCUAUUUUUAACACCAUGUUUCCUUAUUGAGGAUUGGUUAACAGAACAAAGUUAUUGGAUUGGUUUAGACACCAAUUAGGGCCCUGAGGCCACGUAACCCGACUAGGAAGAACCCAGGGCCCUAAUCAUAAGGUAUGGUUGAUUUGUUAAGUUGAUCGAUAUGCCACUUUUCUUCCACAAGGGAUGACACAAUCACAGUAGAAUAUUGCAAGAUAUGUAGUUCUGCUUCUAGAAAUUGGACUGGUUUGUACAUGUUUAUGCUGCUGACCACAGAGUAUGAUUUGUACUAUAUUAUUAGACAUUCCAAGCAUGAUGAUGGUCUUUACACUUCGCUUUAGUUUGGUGGCAUUUUUGACAUUCUGUGUUGCUUAUGUCAUUUCAGGCUAUAUCACAAAGGCAGCUGCAUAAAAUCCAAAAGUUAGAUCAGGGGUACUCAACCGGGAGAACUGCAGGGGGUCCGCAAUAAUAUAUAUACAAAAAGCUAGAGUGGAAAAUAGGAGAAUAUUUUUAUUUGUAACUUUAUUUCUCUAUUCCUAAUAUUGAGCAAGUUACACUCAUUAGAGCUAGUUACACUCAUUGGAGCUAAUUAUACUCAUUGGAGCUAAUUACACUCAUUGGAGCUAAUUACACUCACUGGAAUAUCUGACAUAGUGUAGGCUUUGACAAAGCACCCGCUGGUAAGCUGUCUUGUCUUGGACAUUCAUUUUUGUGAACACAUUCAUCCGCCAAAAUUUUGGAGUUACCUUUCUAGCUAAUAGGUAAUCUCAGAGUUUACACUUCCUCUUCCAAUUAUAAUGGGGGGAGGUCAAAAUAAUGAAAAACUAUCUACCAAAUCUAUUAAUUUAAAAAUGUUGAUUAAUUCUCCUUGCCAUUCACCUGAUGAUAAGACAAGACAUGCAGGGGAAAAGCAAGCGUAUGAUAGGGGUCCCUGGUUUACCUGGGUGGGGGUUCCUGGGACAGAAUUUAAAUGUUUUAUUUAACUAGGCAAGUCAGUUAAGAACAAAUUCUUAUUUACAAUGGCGGCCUACCCCGCCAAACCCGGACGACGCUGGGCCGAUUGUGCGCCGCCCUAUGGGACUCCCAAUCACGGCCCAGAUGUGAUACAGCCUGGAUUCAAACCAGGGACUGUAGUGACGCCUCUUACACUGAGAUGCAGUGCCUUAGACCGCUGCGCCACUCGGGAGCAAGGUUGAAAACCCCUGAGUUAGAUGAAAGGACCAAACAAUUAUUGUUUUAGAUAUUACAGUAUGUUCAAACUACUAAAAGCCAUAGCCAAGGGGUUGUGGCAUAGAGCUGCAGAGAAAUAAACUGUUAGCGGGCUAAUAUCCUGCAUUAGCUUUAUUGUAUUUUGUUGCAAGUUUCAAUCUAAAUCUAGAAUGCAUUCCAGAGGAUUGUUUUAUUAAUAUUUACAUUAAAGCUCUUAUCAACAGUACCAUGGAAAUUGUUGUAAAGUUGGAGAAAGAUACUGUUAAACAUUGUAUGACAUAGUUAUUGCGCUCACACCUGUAUGUUUUUUCAUCUUUACAACUUGGCUAGCCUCGUACAGACCAUCCUGAUCUCGCGAGCUCACAUUCUGUUUCGCUACAAGGAUACAGAAUGUGAGCUCGCGAGAUCAGAAUGGUUCGUACGAGGCUACAUCUUGGCAGCUUCGCCCUCUAAUUUAGGGUUGUCUUAUAUUUUACAAUCACAAACACUCACCGCCUCAGUAUUGUAGUGGACAGAAUGAAAUGGCAAUGUUAUGUGGUAAAGAAAUGCCCUUAUGUGCUACAUUACCAUAUACGCUUUUUCGAGUAUGUCACUCACCAUCACCAUUGUCUUUGACAGGGUUUCGUAGGUUGACUUAUUUGAUGGUUAUUCAUACUGAAUUGUGAUGUCAGUACCAAGUUUUGUAUCUGUAAUUUAAAUGUAGGGCUAUUUUGACAGAAAUGAAGUGUUGUAUUUGAAAUCUUGGUUGUUGUGGGUUGUGAAUAAUGCUCAGUUUACAUACUUUUCCAAUUUUUUUUUACAAUGCUUAUUCAUAGUGCUAUUCACUCAGAAUGUUUUACUCAUAAUGUAUACUUUUACAUUUCACUUUCACCAAAUCAUUCACUUUCACCUCUAUCUUAGCUUAGGAAUGGUUCCUUGAGAGAACGUUGGAACGACGUUUCCAGACCGUCUCACGGGGAACAUUGUAGGACACCAGCAGUUUUUUGGAGUGUUGAAAUGGGUGUGGCUUUAAUUGACUAAUGCGUGUGCAAUCUGAUGAGACUUUCCUUGUGUCUGCCAGAGGGGAGUCUUUAGUGUGUGUGAUUGGUUGUGGUUGUAUGGGCAGAGAGAGAUCACUGUUAAGAAGAUUAGACUGGCAUUAUCUUACGGUCAUCUUUAUUCAGAGUGGUCAAAGAUCCAUUGCUGGUCAUGUGACACUUCCCUUCUAUGUCAUCAUGGAUUGGCAAAACAACCUAGUCAUUCUUUACUUGAACAUUGCAUUAUUUAUAAGAAGUUAUAGGAUUUAAUGUCAGGUUAUGACCAAGUCAUGAAAACUGAAGUGGCUGCUUAUAUCACAGACAGGUUUGACUAGUGUCUGUGUAUUCAUUGUUCUCGACAACAUUCCUAUAUGUUCAUUCAAGAACCAUCUCUCAGGAAGGAAUAAGAGACACUAAUGAUUUGUCCAUAGUCUUACUGUAACUACAAUGUGAGGAAGUGUGAUGUACUGUUUCAGGGGUUUGGAACACACUGAUUCAAAACUAAACUGAUUGUUUUAUAUAGGACAUUAAUUGUUUGCACUCUCUGAACAAAGCUUUGAGUUAUUUUGAUGUGUGGAUUUGAUUUGCAUAAGAUAUUAUUUGACCAAAAGGGAUAUGUGUAUCAUACCAUAGUACAUGUUUGUGUUUUAUUUCAACAGAUGUUUACAUUUUUGAUCACUGUAUUUGUAUUUGAAAACAUGCACAAUGAUAUAUAUUUUCAUCCACUUUGAAACAUGGCUGUGAAUUAAAAUCAUAUUUGCAUA